AUGGAGUACCUUAGCCUGGUUUCCCUGAUUGGUGUGAUUUCAAUGAGUCGAUGUUAUACCCCGGAGCCGGAGAAAUUGAUCAACAUCGAAGAUUGUGGUCUUCCGUCCGAAGAGACCGAGUUCCCCUGGAUUGUUUUCCUCAUGUACAAAGAUAAACGUUACUGCUUGGGAACUCUCAUCUCCAAGCGUCAUGUGCUGACCGCAGGAUUUUGCAAGAGGCCGAUUCGCGAUAUACUGGUUCUGUAUCGAGAUGGUUAUCGGUCACCAGUCAAAUCUGGCCAUCGCGCUCCCGGCUUCGACAAGGGUGAGAACGAUGACGGCAAAACAUUCAGAGAUGCUUGGAUACUAACUUUGCCGGAAGACCUCGUCAUCGACCCCAAGGUUCGACCGAUUUGCAUCUCGGAACAACUGCCUUCCCCGCGUGGGUCGGCAGUCGUUCUAGCAGGUUACCGAUACGAUGAGAGGUUGCCCAGAUUAAAACGUAGCAUGGGCAGGAUACUCGGACCGUCGGACUCUAAGUGCGAAGAAUUGUUGGGCGGGAAUUCUUCAAGCAAGAUAUGCAUUUCGAAAAUAUUUGCAGGCAUCUGUAAGGGAGACUACGGGGGUCCCGCGAUGCGAAUCGUGAACGGUGUUUUCUAUCAGGUCGGAAUAAUCUCGUACGGGAACAUCGGGUCAGGCGCUCCGGAAGCCGCAUGCUCAAGUGUUGAGGAGCGUCAUGUGCUGACCGACGUAGCGACGCUCAGUCAUUUCAUCAAAUCCAUCGUACAGAAAUGCUAG